CUUCGAUUCUCUUUCUCUCUCCUCUUCUCUCUCAGAUGCUGAUUUAGUGGAAAGAUCGCUCUCACUCUCUCUCUUACCAUCUCUUUCUUCUCUCUCUCUCUCUCUGUUUCUCAGAGGUUAAUGUAGUGGAAAGAUCCUUCUUUUUUCGUUGUAUGGCUCAAGCCGCCGUAGAGGAAUCCAUUGCCGUUCGUAUUUCUCAAUUGGAUCUCCUAGGCCAGGUACUGACUGUUGGGUUUUUCUGUUGAUUCUUUUCCGACUAUAAUGACUUUUAGGGUAUGGAGGGUGCUGUUGUGAAUGAGGUUAUGGAUGUCCCAGAUACUCCUGAUAGACUUGCAAUGGAGAAGAAGAACCAUAUACUCAACUGCAUUGGGGAUGAUAAGAAUAUGAAUGCUACAGUGGCCUCACAUUCUAAUUUGGGAAAUGCGCGGGUGAAGCGGUUGACUUUCCGUGGCCAUAGGGACAUUGAUGGGUUGGGAAUUAACAGCGGAGGAGGGCAUAAAUCAGAUAAUGGUCAUAAGAUACCUGGCUCAUCUUUGCCAAUGUCUAUCAGAACCUCAGAUAGUUUUUCCUUUAAAACAGGGAUAUCAGAAGCAAAUCAGGAACUGACUGGGCUUGAUACUCAAAGGUUUCUGGAAGAGAAACAUAUGGGGACUGUAUAUGACAGAGAGAGAAAAUCAUUUGCCAUGGGUCAAAAUGAUUCCAUAGGUACAUUUCACUCAAGUUCUGUGCCAACUAUAGGUCCACAGAAACCCGAUGAAAAGAAAUUGCCUUUACUUAGACCAUGCAGUUCUCGUAAUAAUGGUGACUCUUCCUUUCAUCAAAUUCAUACCUCGAAUUUGUCUACUCCAAAGAUCAUCGAUGGAACCAUACCAGUUGAAAGCUCUGUUAUUGGUGGGGAAAAGGGACAAGGUAGGAACAAGGGAAAGUUGAUUGAUUUGUUGCAUAAUUUCCAACAAGACUCUGCAAGUAUUAAAAAUCACUCUGAUACUUUUGAUCAUCUUGCUCCAAAUUGGGGCACCCAAGAUGAUAGAUCUGAAGUUGCUGGAACUGCACUCAAAGGUACCACAUCUAGGAUAUUUGAGGAUUCAGUAAGAGAAGAGACUGGUGUGGACCCGACUUUUUCUUUUAAAUCGACAAGGCACAGACGAUGUAAGAUGCCAGUACUUAAUGGUUGUAAACCUUCACACAGUAGUACAACUUUUAUGAGGGCUUCUAGUGAUUCCUCCAAAGGAGAAUCAGUUGGAAGAACCCAUAGAAUUGACUCAAGGGGUCAGCCUUUCCAACCUGCAAAUGCUCAUUCUUAUUCCAAUGCAGAGCCAAAUGACAGGAACAAUGGAAAGGGAAUUAAUUUAAACUGUGAUUCUCAUUUCCAAAGUGACCAAACUGAAUCUAAUUUUAUACAGUCGAAAGCACCACCAAGACCGAGAACAGGGAGAAGAAUGCUGGUACGUAAUGGUUGCAUUUCUCCACAGAAUAUUGCCCAUAGUUUUAAACAAGCCAAUGGUUAUUCAAGGGAAGCUUCCAAGGAUCAGCAUGGUGGCAUUGCGGCAAAUGCAUCCGCAGAGUUUUCUGGGACAAAUUGUUCAGGUGAGAUACACGUUUUGAGUCCUGAUUUUAGUGCUGGGACUGAUAGAAAGAAGGACAAAGGGAUCUUGAUGGAAUCCGAGCAUGGUUCAUCACCAAAACCUUUCUCCUGCAGGUCAGUGCCUCAGAAAGAGCUUAGUGAAACCCCCAAUAUCAGUGACAAUAAUGUCAACAUUGUUGAGGAAAUUGGAAGUUGGAGAAGUACGCGCUCUCGUUCAAAGCAAACCUCUUCAGUUUUGGCCUGUGAUCUUGGUCGCCCCCCCAAGGAAAAGGAAACAAUUGUUGAAGCUGGGGAAUUGUCCAAUGGAGAAAAUAUUAAUCUGGAAUUAGUAGCUCAUGAUUAUAGGCCACGUGUUGCUCUAUCUCAAGCAACUUCCAGUGACAUUCUCAGUGCAAAUCUACCUAAUGAAAGACAGAGUCAUGGGGCUCAAAAGUUGUUAAAAAGGCAAAAAACAACUCCACUUUCCAUUCAAGAUCAACCUGGUGAAUGCUCUAUUUCAAAUUUUCUGUCAGAAGAUAGCAAUCAUGCUUCAUCUAGAAGAAAUAACGGUCCCUGUAACCAAAGGAUCUGUGAACCGGUUAUAGAAAUCAGUGAUUCGCCUUCCCCCCAAAUGAGAUGCAGUAGCUCGGUGGUAAGUGUCAUUGGCACUGAUGUUGUUCACUUGGAUGAGCAAGUGAGACAAGUUGAAGCGGAUGCUUUGCUAGCUCAGCAGCUUCAAGAGCAAUUUUAUGAGGAAUUUUCGGAAUCAGGAGGUGCAGAGAGUUUUGAUGAGAGCAUAGCAUGGGCAUUGCAACAGGAGGAGAAUGCUGAGCUCACGUCUUUUAUUCCUGGUCGCACUCCGGGUCUUCCAGUUUUUAGGAACCCUUCAGAUGAGCAUGGAGAUAACUAUUUGCCGUCACCUUCAGUCCGGAAUUCUUCUAUGAGGUCAAUAAAUCGCUCUGGUCCCUCAUCCCGUGCCUUGGAAGAUUAUCGAGGUUCAACUUCCUCAAGAAUGGCCCGGAUGCGUAGAAACUUUCACAGUCGUGCCUCUCCCUUAAGUGGAAGGAGGAUACAAUUUCCACGCAAUAUGGAUAUAGAUAUGAGAGUGCAUUUAUUGGAAGCACUGGAAGGUCUCUUUGACAAUGAAAUGCCUCUGCCAAAUAAUCUUCUUGGAUUAGAACGAGAUUUCAACGAACAUGAUUAUGAGAUGCUACUAGCUCUUGAUGAAAACAAUGAUCAUCAAGGUGGGGCCACUACGAGUCAGAUCAACCGCCUGCCUGUGACCUUGAUUCAGCCAACAGAUACGACAGUGGAGGCUUGUGCUAUUUGUUUAGAGAUUCCCUCUGCUGGAGACUCUGUCCGCCAUCUACCUUGCCUGCACAGGUUUCACAGAGAUUGUAUAGAUUCAUGGCUCACGAGACGACCAUUAUGUCCAAUUUGUAAGUCAUCUGUCACUUGAAUUGAUUCAAUAUCUAUCAUUCGGUCAAUUUGAUUUCCUCUUAUUGUCGACACCCCCUUUUUUUAUCUUUCCUCUUCUUGUCCGCAUCAUUCCCAUCAGAAAUCAUGUUUUAUAAGUAAGAAUAUGGUCCACAAUUUUCUGGUUCUCUAUUAUGGGGUGUAGAGUUUCAUUGUUGAUGUGGAAAAUGUUUUCGACUCUUUGUCAAAGCUUAGGAAAUGUGUGCCAGAAAUGUUGAUGACCAUAGUGCUAGAAAAUUGAUGGCCCUUCAGGUCGUCUAGAUGGGAAAUGAGGUAGUUUAGUAUCUUUUACUUUCUUUUGCACCCGAGUUUUUUCUAGAAUGAGUUGAGAGAAUUUCAUAAAUGAAGCUUCCAAGUCUCGAGUCUUGAUACAAAAUGUUCAUCUGUUGGAGAUUAUUUUAUUCUCUUUUAUGUCUAUAUGCUUCUUUACUUUGAGAUAUUCAUCCAAUGCAUGGUCUUUUUGUUUUUUUUUC